GCAAAAUAACAAAAUUGUCACAUUAUUACCAAGAUAGGUUACCAAUAUCAGAAAAAAGCUUAUUACAAUGCCUUAAAUUCAUCAAGAUGUUUCAGCAACCUUCAAUUUAAGCAAAUACCAGAACCAUAAAUGCCAGAACCAGUUUCAUACGCGACUUAGGCGCCAAAGGUUUCAUCAUGCAGGAAGCUCUUUAGCCAGGAAUCAUAAAGAUAUCAAUCUUUAUGAAAGGUGCAGAGGUUUAGUGGCUCAAACUGAGCUACUGCUUUUUGGAGCUAUCUGUAUCCACUCGUUGGUUUUUCAGUAUUUCGAAGCUCAUUUUUAAUGGUUAUCUGAUCUAAACUUAUGAUAAACCGUGUGUAAAGUUCUUACAGUCCUUGAUACGCCUUCAGAUAUAAAGUGAAACGAUUGCCUUCCUAUUAACAAUUUGAGAUUAUUUUUAAUUAAAAUCAAAAUGUUAUUUGUAACCAUGUCUCGGAUCGUUAUGCGGAUUGCCGACUAUCCCGCCACCUCUGCUUCACCGGCAUGUUCGAAUACUACACCAACAUGUCCCAAUGCUACUCCGAAAUGUCCUAAUAUUAAACCGAAAUGUCCCAAUACUACUCCGACAUGUCCCAAUGGUACACCGAAAUGUCCUAAUGCUCCACCGAAAUGUCCCAAUAUUAAACCGACAUGUCCCAAUGCUACUCCGAAAUGUCCCAAAGCUACUCCGAAAUGUCCCAACGCUACACCAUCAUGUCCUAAUGCUGAGCAACGUUCUCAGAAUGAUGAACAGCCAUGUUGCAUGCCUGAGCCGCCAUGUCCAGAUCCCAAGCCGCCAUGUCAGAAAUGCCCAACUGCAAAAGCAAACAAUAACCAUGAGGAUUGCUGUAAAGAGUCUCUGUUCGAAUUGGCAAAAACAUAUCUUCAAAAUAUUAUGUAUUCCCACAAGAACGCAUGUCCACAUUGCACGCAACAACUAGCAUGUUGUUAUGCAAAGGAAUUGCUCAAAUAUUUGCGAGAAAUUAUUGAACAAGCUUGGAUUUAUACUAAACAGUAUUACGAACAGGUUUGUCAAGAAGAGCUCGAGGCUGCGAAAGAUAAUAAACAGUGCACUUGUGAUGCGCCAAAUGGAAAUGGAAAUAACCCACCAUGUCCACCACCACCAUGCCCGCCACCACCAUGCCCACCACCAUCAUGCCCGCCACCACCACGCCCGCCACCACCAUGCCCGCCACCACCAUGCCCACCACCAUCAUGCCCGCCACCACCACGCCCGCCUGUACGUUGUCCUGUAUGCUUUCCAGAACCCGAAGAAAAUGACGAUGACCUUUUCACUCCUUGUUGUUUACAUAAUUCUGAAGGUGUACAGCCUCAUUAUACACCUGAAUCUCAUAAUAAAUCAUGUUGCUUAUCUCGGGAUUUCCAGUCACUUUCUGAACCUUAUGAUGCUGACAUAGAACCUGAGAUAAGCGAAUGUUCUUUAGAUAGAGAAUCUUCUGGGAAUCUGCAUGAUCGCAACGUUAUGGGAUUGCUUUCAUCAAACAAUGGCGGACCUUGUAAGACUUGUUGUAAGAAUUGUACAGAUGAACCAGAUAAUUGUAAUAAAAACGAAAACGGAUACGAAAACGGAAACGAAAACGGAAACGGAAACGAAAACGAAAACGGAAACGCAUGCGGAAAACGUAAAUUAGGAUUGAGUUUGAAUAUGGAACCUAAUGACCAUAGAUUCUGCACAAACCCUAAUGAAUGUAAGCAUUCAAAGGAAUCACUUAAUAAAUGCGAAGACGAGUCACCACCACCGCCACAAGCUUCUUGCGGACGGGGGAAGCGACCUGGUUGUCCUACUAAUGAACAAGCGGAACAGGCUGAUAUGCCAUGUACAAAUAAACCUUUAGAAAAAGACGAAGAAAACUAUUAUUAUUUUUGAUCGAGAUAUACAAUUGAUCUUACAAGAAUUUGAUGGUGUAUUAAAGGAAGAGAAAAUUAAACAAAAACGCUUUAUUUUCAUUUUUGUUAUACUUAAACAUAUUAGUUUACACAAAGACUAGCUUAUGAACUAAUUUGUGACUUAUUGUACAGAAACAUAAAUAAGUUUUAAUUAAAACUUAACCUUAUAAGAUAUACCAAUGUGAUGAUGGUACAUGGUAGGUACCUACAAUAGUGUGUCGGUCAGUUUAAUUGACAAAACACAUUAAGAUAAUUUCAACCAUUUUGUUCAUACUUGGCUCAUGACAAGAGUAAAAUGGGCGCAACUUGAGAUUUUUUAAAGAAUUUAAGUCAUCAAACAGAAAAUCGUGAGAUUUUAGGAUGACUACGAAUUAAAUUAAAAAUCUUUUUUCUACUCAAAAGUCAUAAACCACUGAAUAGAAAUGGCAUAUCCAGUAGAUUAUGGAAAAAGGUAGGAGCUUAUAGCCAAUGGGCUUAGUAGAGAGAUUUUAGAAGUCGAAGUCGUAUGGACGCUGAGGGCGCCUCUGGACCAAUGGGAUAUUGACUUCCUCUGCGGAGCGGAACACUUGAGGCUGUGGCUGCGGCCUCUGUACUGGACGCGCCUGCAGCUGUACUGGUGCGGGAGGACGGCGGGGCUGUUCCUC